AUGAAGCUUCUGAGAUCAACCAGACACCGUGAUCUCGCUCUGCUGUCUUCCAUACUCCACAUCUCACAUCCCGUCUGCGCCAGUUGUGCUCGUCUCCCACGCCAGUACGACAGCCAUGCUUCUUCCAGCGCAUCCUCACCACGUCCAUUCUCAGUGCUCAACCGGCCUCCCCCUAACUACCCCGGUCACGUCCCCCUCACUGCCGUGGAGCGCGUUGGCCUAGCAGUUGGUAGCGCAGUCACCUCGCUCAUCGAUCCCUACAGGCAUGAUAUGGUCGCCGCACUAGGCGAGGCAACCGCCCAACCUUUCUUCAUUUCAUGGCUGCGGAAGCGCAUGUUGUCGGAUCCGACUGGGAGAAGAAUACUACGAGACCGGCCCCGCAUUACUUCCAAGACCAUGUCUCUCGAGAAAUUACGACAGCUGCCUGACAACAGCGUGGGAAGAACAUACGCCGCGUGGCUCGACAGGGAAGGCGUCACCCCAGACACAAGAGAUGCGGUACGGUACAUUGACGACGAAGAGGAGGCCUAUGUCAUGCAGCGAUACCGGGAAUGUCACGAUUUCUACCAUGCUGUGACCGGUCUGCCGGUAUGGGUAGAGGGAGAGCUUGGCUUGAAGGCAUUUGAGUUUGCAAACACCGGAUUGCCCAUGACGGGACUCAGUUUGGCUGCAAUGGUUCGGCUGAAGCCACUCGAGAGGCAGAGGAUGUUUCAGAUCUUCCUGCCAUGGGCGUUCUCGAACGGAUGGAAGAGCAAAGACCUCAUCAAUGUGUACUGGGAGGAGGAACUUGAGACGGAUGUUGGCGAGCUGCGCCAGAGGCUAGGCAUCGAGCAACCGCCGGAUCUGCGGGCGAUUCGCAAGAAGCUGAGAGAGGAACGCAAAGCUGCUAAGGCUGUUAGGUCAGCCACAGAGGUCGCAACGACGUCUGCUCCUUUUCCUCGACCAGAGUCGCAGUCAUGA